GCAAGCCGCCAACCACCACACCCCACUGGUUUGCGGGGUGACGAACUGGUUUGAUCCUAGCCGUGCCAUGAAUUCCUAUAACCCCGUAUGCAAUCCGUUGAGAGCUUGUCCACAUCGACGUGGAGUGAGUAUCCCAGCCUCCGUUUUUCGGAAGUAUCGAAAGAGGAUUUUAUUUCUAUCGUCUUGUCAACCGCGAGGAUGGGCUCCAUUCCCCAAGACACACAACCAGCCUACGAUGUCCUGAUCAUUGGCGCUGGCCUCUCUGGGGUCUGCAGUCUCUACCACAUUAGAAAACGAUUCCCAACCUGGCGCGUCAAAGUACUGGAGGCAGGUACGGAUGUUGGUGGUGUAUGGUACUGGAACCGAUACCCCGGGUGCCAGAUCGAUACGGAGUCCCUAUCAUACUGCUUCUCGUUCGACAAAGAGCUGUUGCAGGAGUGGGAGUGGACAGAAAGCUUUGCGAAGCAGCCGGAAACGCAACGUUACAUUAAACGGGUUACAGAGAAACAUGAGAUGGAGAAAGACAUGAAAUUCAAUACGCGAAUCAAAUCGGCACAUUGGAACGACCGUGAUCACACCUGGACGUUCUUCGAUGAAGAAGGUGAAGAAUACGUGACACGUUUCUUCGUUAGCUGUCUUGGCUUUCUAUCAUCGCCCACUCUACCCAAGAUUCCAGGAAUUGCAGACUUUAGGGGCAAAGCAUUCCACACCUCGCGAUGGCCGGGCGAUAUCGACAUCAGCCGCGAUUUCGCUGGUAAGAAAAUAGGCAUAAUAGGCACAGGAGCGACCGGGAUUCAAACAAUAUCAGCAUUGUCGAAAGACCCGAGCCUUGGAUCUCUCAGCGUCUUCCAACGGACAGCGAACUGGUCCGCGCCCCUAAGAAACACUACAAUUUCAGCAGAGGAGAUGAUGAUAGCAAAAGGAGGGUAUGAUGCCAUCUUUCAGCGCUGUGCCACAACACCAGCAGGCUUUUUACACGAAGCCGAUCCUCGAAAAUCACUUGAAGUCACACCGGAAGCUCGUGUUGAGCACUGGGAGAAGCUUUACAAUUCUCCUGGAUUCGGCAAGUGGCUCGGUGUAUUCAGUGAUACGUACACUGACCGGGAAGCCAAUGAUAUGUACUCUGCAUUUAUGGCAGACAAGAUCCGUCAAAGGGUACGUGAUCCGCUUGUGGCGGAGAGUCUAAUCCCUAAGAACCACGGCUUUGGAACGCGGCGCGUCCCGCUCGAGACUGGAUACUUUGAAGCCUUCAACAAGGAUAACGUGCACUUGGUCGAUCUGCAGAAGACGCCCAUCUCACGUGUCACUAAUCUGGGAAUCGAAACCGACGACGGACAGCUACAUGAGCUCGACAUUCUAAUCUUUGCAACCGGAUUCGACGCUAUCACGGGCGCAUUCGGCGCCAUCGAUUGGCACGCAAAGGACGGCCGUCCUCUGAUCGUAAGCCGUGGGUCGGAACGCUACGAAAGUGCCAUAUGGCCUGACCACCGACCAAAGACAUUUCUUGGACUAUCGGCGCCUGCUAUGCCCAACAUGCUCAUGGUACUAGGGCCUCACCAGCCCUUUGGAAACGGGACGCGCAGCAUCGAGCACGCGUCAGCCUUUAUAUGUGAUAUGCUCGCAUACUGCCAUGAUAAGGGAUACACAUACUUUGAGCCAACGACGGGGGCCGUGGAUUUGUGGACUGAGCAUGUAUUUGACUGCGGUAAGACGGGACUUAUGAACGAGAUCGAUAGCUGGAUGACAGGUGUCAAUAAGAAUGUGGAAGGGAAGACAGAAAGGACUGUGGCGAGGUAUGCAGGAAGUGCCAUUAACUACCGUAAGUGGUGUGCGGAUUGCAAGGAGAAGGGAUAUGAGGGAUUCGUUUUUUUAGAGUAGAUACUUCCUUCAAGGCAAAUUCUGCAGCGGAGUUGUACGUAUAUUGAUGUAGGAUGAAAUUACUUUGCGCAUUGAUCUGUUUUUUUACUGGAGUAUAGCCUGCAAGUCCACGCAGCGAUGUCGGAGAUACGUGCAGUACAGC